CGCCGCGUCAAGCACUGGCAGUGGAGCGGGCGUUGCGCUCGGGCUCAAUGCGUGGACUAUCUGCAGCCGCUGCUCAUGCAGUAUGCUGGAGCUCCAGAACAGCUAAACGGAGUUGCCACACCGCUGCUUGGGCUGGAUCACAGCGCUGCCUUUCCUUAUGAAGAAGACACAAACUUGGAUUAUCACUUGCAUUUAUCUUCAACUGCUCCUAUUUAAUCCUCUCGUCCACACUCAAGGGAUCUGCCGGAACCGUGUGACUGAUGAUGUGAAAGACGUUACAAAAUUGGUGGCAAAUCUUCCAAAAGACUAUAUGAUAACCCUCAAAUAUGUCCCCGGGAUGGACGUUUUGCCUAGUCAUUGUUGGAUAAGCGAGAUGGUGGAACAACUGUCAGUCAGCUUGACUGAUCUUCUGGACAAGUUUUCAAAUAUUUCUGAAGGCUUGAGCAAUUAUUCUAUCAUAGACAAACUUGUGAAAAUAGUUGAUGACCUUGUGGAGUGCAUGGAAGAACACUCAUUUGAGAAUGUAAAAAAAUCAUCUAAGAGCCCAGAACCCAGGCAGUUUACUCCUGAGAAAUUCUUUGGAAUUUUUAAUAAAUCCAUCGAUGCCUUCAAGGACUUGGAGAUAGUGGCUUCUACAAUGAGUGAAUGUGUGAUUUCCUCAACAUCAAGUCCUGAGAAAGAUUCCAGAGUCAGUGUCACAAAACCAUUUAUGUUACCCCCUGUUGCAGCCAGCUCCCUUAGGAAUGACAGCAGUAGCAGUAAUAGGAAGGCCUCAAAUUCCAUUGAAGAUUCCAGCCUACAAUGGGCAGCCGUAGCAUUGCCAGCAUUCUUUUCUCUUGUGAUCGGGUUUGCUUUUGGGGCGUUAUACUGGAAGAAGAAACAACCAAAUCUUACAAGGACAGUUGAAAACAGACAGAUUAAUGAAGAGGAUAAUGAAAUAAGUAUGUUGCAAGAGAAAGAGAGAGAGUUUCAAGAAGUGUAACUGUGGCUUCUAUCAACACUGUUACUUUCGUACAUUGGCGGGUAACAGUUCAUGUUUGCUUCAUAAAUGAAGCAGCUUUAAACAAAUUCCUAUUCUGUCUGGAGUGACAGACCACAUCUUUAUCUGUUCUUGCUACCCAUGACUCUAUGGAUGAUUGAGAAAUUGGAACAAAGUGUUUUACUGUGAAACUGGCACUGAAUUAAUCAUCUAUAAAGAAGAACUUGUAUGGAGCGGGACUCUAUUUUAAGGACCUACAGGGAGUUGUGGUCUCAAUUAGAACUUGCAAACUGAUAUUGGGAGAGAAAGCACGUGUCCCAGAUUGCACAUACAAUUUUGCAUGCCUCCAGAAGCAUCUAACUGCUGAAAACCCACAUAGCUUUAUUUUACAGUGACAACCUGCAGUUCACAGUUAUCUUGGUCUGCAAAUAGAUUUCAGCCUGGAUAGUGGGGGGUGGGGGUCAUCAUUUGUAUCAACGGGAUCUAGAAAAUGUUCAAAAAACAAAAACUCAGUAGCAUCAUCCACUGUUCAUUUAGAAAGCAGUGGACACAGUGUGGGAGUAGGUUCAGGUCUGCCUCAUAGCUGCUGAUCAGUGAGGGAUGUGGGUCUGAACUUGGGUCUCUUCCUGACAUAGAAGGUGCUCACAUGUAUCCCACGAGACAAAUGGACAAAGUUGGCUGGCCCUAUCCAUACAAGCUAGCCAGUACUGAAUGACAACAUGAUGCCUUUGCUGAGAAGAGACUCCUAGAGAGUUGUCACAUGAAGAAGCUGUGGACACUGAUCAGCAGAACCAUCUGCCGAGGAGGACAUCGGGCACCCCUAGUGAAGCCGGCCUUUGCCCUUGACCACUCUAGAGUGUAUAAAUUGUGCUUGCAAAAUAUAUUCAAAAUGUUUAUAUUCUAAAACUAUUACAGAGUUAUGUAAAGGGACUUAGGAGGAAUCACUGAAUGUAUGGAGGCCCCAUUUUCAAUUUCUGCUGUGGGAGAGAGGAAAAAUAAGUUAUGAUAUUUAGUAUCUAAGAUUAGAAAACCACACUCACAUGCUGAUAAUGGGUGUUGAAAAUUAGAUGACUUGGCUUUUACAAGAAUGCAGGAAAUCAGGUAACUUUAGUUAUUUAUACUAUAAUCACCAUUAUCUGUUUAAAGGAUCCAUUUGUUUAAAAUCAGGCACUCUAUAUUCAUUAAGGUUUAUGAGUUAAAAAUAAAGAGAGAGCUUUAUGUAGUUAUGCAUGUCAGUUUGCUAUUAAAAUAUGCGACAGCAUUUUUGUCAUAUUGAGUGAAUUUGGCAGGAAUUCCCAAGAUGGACAUUGCGUUUUUAAACCAGAACUUGUAAAGACAUUAAGUGAAUUUCCCUUGCCAAUUUUCUUUUUUUAUAUCAAAGGAACAUCUGACUAAGGUCAAAGAAUGAUAUCUUAUGGUUUAUUUUGAUGAAGAGUCUUUCAAUGUGUCAUGAACAUAAAAGAAAUCCAAAGCCUUCCUUCUAACUUCAUCCUUAUACAACAUUAUUGCCAUAUCCUACCACCAUCAGAUGACCUUCAAUAGAGUGACACAGAAAGGCAUGAAAAACUGCUACCUUUUAUUUGACUUUGCUAGUCCAAGAAUUUCUAAUAGAGUUGGAUUUUAGCUUACAUUCAAUGCUAAUUAGAAUACAACUCCAGUAAGUGGCCUUUGCUCUUUUUUAUACCAAAGAGCUCAGAUGAUCUCUAUGACGCCUGUCUUCUCUAAAGUGCUAUGGUUCCUCAAAUGCUCGUCAUUUCUCUAAGAUACAACCCAGGUGCUUUAGGAAGCUGCAUGAAUUUAUUUAGGCCCUCAAAUAUCCCAUGAUACAACUAUGACAUGUAUAAUAAAAGAGAUCAAAUUAAUGGCUGUAAGGACCUGUCUCAGUGUGUGAUACUGUUUUGAAUAGACAUAGAUUAACAUGAGUAUGUGUAAGUCACGUAUAGAUUUGAGAAGAUUGAAACUUCUCAAUCUAAUUAAUAGUUCAUUUCAGCAAUGGUUUCGAUUUUCGUAGGUAUGUGAAAAUGCUGCUUAAUGAGCUUCAGAGUACAAUAAAUGUAUUUUUGUUCUCAAAACUGGUAGCUGGGUUUUUAACACUCAAGGACAUGGUCCUAAAUCAAUAGAGUUAAGUAAACAAAUUCAGCAAGUUAUGAAAUCUGGCAUGGUAGGGUGAGGGGAAAUGUAUUCUGCCUAAUUAAAUAUAUUAGUUCAUUGACAGUUGUAUGGAUACCAAUUUUUAAAACACUAAAAUUCAAUAAAACACACGAACAAUAGAAAAAUGCUGAACAUUACUUUGGAUGGUAUUUGCUUGGGAUUAACUGUCCUAUCUGCUUAGAGAUUAAUAUAUAUAGCUUUGCUUUAUUUUAUCCAGUAUGUGUUCUGAAUAGCCUUCAUAAACAAUGGAAAACUCACAACUGACAUCUUAUACAGUGAAAUCACCCUAUAAAUUGGUGCCAUGUAUCUUAUAGUCUUCUUUUGUAAUGUUUUAAAAUUGUCUUUUAAAAUAAUUUCAGAAGUCUUCAGAUUCUCAAUUAUACUAAAAGCUUUGUACCUCUUUGGCAGAACCCAGAUCUAUAGAGAAACUGGCUCUGUGAUAAAUGAUGCCUGCCCAGUGAUAUCGAAGUGUUGCUGGAUUUUGUAUUGUAAUCUGUUGUGCUUACCACACUGCCACUUUUAAAUGAGUCAGAGACGUUGAUUUUUUCAACACUUUAAUAGAACAAUACCCUCUUUAAAAAGGACUAAGUAUGUGAAAAUGUCAAUUUAUGAUAAAAUAUGUUCGCAAUGAAAUAUUUGCUUUUAGUAAGAAUUAAAGUCUUUGGAGAAACUUUGUGGCAUAUUUUGAUAUUCUAAUUCAAAUGAAAUUUUAAAUUAAUAGAAAAAUCCAUUCAGAAUUCAUAGAUAGUUCUUCAUGUUUUUCUGCAGCUAGUUUCUGGUUUCAAAAUGUAACUCCAGUAUGGGGCUUUUAGCCAUUGCCUACCUUUUCUGACUUAACUAAAAAAUAUAUUUUUCAAAAAGGCAUUUUGACAUAGUGGGGUGGAUGUUAGGAAAAAUUGUCAGGAGCUUCCACUUUGCUGUUAACCUGUAUUGAUAAAUCACUGCCCUUCUUUGGAUCUCAAUUUUUUAUUUAUCUAUGUGGUGAAGUCAGGUCAUACCACAGGUGUGAGAGAAACCUACUGAUAUGUGAAUGACAAAGAUGACAGAUAAAAUAAAGCUGAAGCUAUCGCAUACAAAAUAUCCAACUAGGAUCUCUGUGAAUAAGCAAUUUGAACAUAAAAAGCUAUGGCUGUUCUUGUUUGUAAUGUAAAUAUGGUCCAUUCUUAAAGUGAAAUUCAGUCUACUGUAGGUUGAAUUGGAUAACCAUUUACACAAGAGAUGGCUUUUUCCUUUGCUUAAAUAAACAUUUUUGGAUUACCUCUGAAGAAUGAAAACCAAGAGUAUAUUUUAUCCAGGAAAAGAUACUAUAAGAUGUGUGUAGCAUUUGGAAGUGCACCAAAUUAAGCAUUUAAAUCUCUCAUUUUCUUAAAAGCUAAGGGCAGAAAAUGUAAGAUGCUCAUAAAGUUUUUAAGUGCCAAAAGAUACUUUAGAAUCCAUUUGGAGAUGGGUAAAGCAUAAAUUAAAUUUUAAAAUUGGAAAAUGGGAUAAGAAUUUUAAAGAAAGCCAGCUUGUUUUGAAACAGUAUUAUUUUGAAAUUGGAGUUAAAAUACAAACAUUCAGAUUGAAAUUCCAACCACUUCAUUUGUGCUGUUUAUAAUGUUGCUGGAAAUGCCCUUUGUGAAGAUAAAAUAAUGGUACUUUCAUUUCCUAACAAGGUAUUGUUUUAGAAAUAAUCCAUAUUAUAAUGGAUAUUCAUGAUCCUAAAAAUGUUUCCUAAGCAUUGUAAAUUUAUUUAUAAGUGCCAUCUACAAUUACAUCUUAAUUAUAUUGUUUUUUAAAUAACAUUGUUUAAACUAAAAACCGUAGUAUUUUCAGUUACUUAAUUUCUGAGCUGUGACUCAAUAAAAGUUUCCAAUCAAAAUAUCCUAUUCUCCUAUAUUCUAAGGAUUAAUGUGUGAUUAUAGUGUCCACUUGCCACUGUGUUUUUUUUUUUUUUUAUAAAUCAAUGGACUUAAAGUAUUCAGACAUUUAGAUGGAUGUAUAGAUAUAUUGCUAGUUCAGUCAUAGAUUGGAGUUUGCAUAUUGUAAUAUAAAUGUCUUUCAACACUAUUCUAUAGUUUUAUUAUGACUGAAGUUUAAUUAAGUAAAAAAAGUUGUAAAAUGUGAUGUGUAUGUGUAUGUACUGUAAGUGUACUUUUUAAAAUAGGUAUAUGUCCUGACCCUUUUUUAUACAGGUUUGAAUUUGAAAUUACAUUAUAUAUACAUAUACUUUAUUGUUCUAAAUAAAGAAUUUUAUGCACUCAAA